AAGUAGUGUUGGAUUGGGGAGGAAGAUGGGCCAUCUCAUUAUAUGAGACGGUCUCAUCUAAGACUAGCUAGAUAGAUACAAUAUGUCAUGAACAAAUUCCCAUUAAUAGGAAAAUUGAGAGCCACAAGACAGGCCCACAAGAUAAAAUCAUAAAAUAUCUAGUGUAAUCUAGUACAAAACUGAAGAAGAUGACAAUAGAAUCAAAGUUAGAAGAAAGAAAAAAAGCAACAAAUUGAAGAAGAUAAUAUAGCCCAAUAAUUCAAACCAUGUCUUCACCUUCAACUACUUUGAAUGUGUUUGAUACUGGAGUUUAUCCAACUUCCCUCCUCACCAUCAAAUCUGAUGAAGGGAUGAUCACAUCAUCUUCCCCACCAAAGCCUCUAUUGAUAGGAGCACCAUCUUCUUCAAAACCAGAAGCAGGAGCUGAAUUUCCAGUACUCUUUUUGCUUCAUGGUUUCAUUCUUUACAACCAUUUCUACUCUCAACUUAUUCUGCAUAUUGCUUCUCAUGGCUUCAUUGUUAUUGCUCCUCAGUUAUACACAAUUGCUGGACCAGAUUCAAGUGAAGAAAUUAAAGCAACAGCAACAAUCAUAGAAUGGGCAUCAAAACAUUUAAAAGAUGUACUUCCACCAAACAUACAACCAAACUUAAACAAGCUAGCAAUUUCAGGCCAUAGCAGAGGAGGCAAGGUAGCAUUUGGUAUAGCCUUAAAUAAACUUAUAAAAUCUCCAAUCAAAAUAUCAGCUUUAAUUGGUAUUGAUCCAGUUGAUGGAAUGGAUAAGGGUAAUCAAACACCCCCUCCAAUCUUAACUUACACUCCAAAAUCCUUCCAACUUGAUGGAAUGCCUGUUCUUAUAAUUGGUUCUGAAUUUGGUGAAAUGAAGAAGAACAUAUUGUUCCCUCCUUGUGCACCGAAAGGUGUAAAUCAUCGCGAUUUUUAUGACGAAACUCAAAAACCAUCUUGGUAUUUUGUUCUUAAAGAUCAUGGGCAUCUUGACAUGUUAGAUGAUGAUACAAAGGGUUUAAGGGGAAAGUGUACUUAUUGUUUGUGUAAGAAUGGUAAACAAAGAGAGCCCAUGAGAAAGUUUGUUGGAGGUUUGAUUGUUGCCUUUUUGAAUGCUUAUUUGAAUGGGGAUGAUAGUAAGCUUAUUGCUAUUAGAGAUGAAAAGGAAACUACUAUUCCUGUCAAGUUUUCUAAGGUUGAUGUUCGUCUCUGAUAAGAGUUUUUAAGGUCAGAACCUUAAUUUUAAAAGAAAACACUGAUUGUCUAUUGUAUUUUUUAUAUUAUGAGAAUUGAGAUACUUUUAUGUUGUUAUAGGUUUUGAAAUAUUGUUGAUAUAUGGUGAAUAUAAAAAGUAGUAAUUUUGUUGUAAUUA